AUGCACACACUAAACGUGGUCCUGUACGGUCAUUUUGUUGGGUCAUUCAUUGAACAGGGAUACUAUGACAACGUCGCUAAGGCUAGCUCUGUAAACUUGACCUCUUCACACUCUAGCAGACACUAUUAUAAUAAUCAAAGCAUUUACCCUAAUGGUAGCCUACAAGCAGCAAAUGAUAGCACAUUCACUGAAGGUUUGCAAAUCGACAUCUUUCGGAAUUCCCAGAAUAUUUUCGUUCUAGGCUUUGGUCUGUCUGUGUGUGCGUGGGUGUGUGGAGCGACCAAGAAAAUUUUGUUCACGGUCUCAGCCCAGCGCCAAGUGAUCCGACUGAGGAAAUCUUUUUUCUCCAACAUCCUUGUCCAGGAGAUUGCCUGGUUUGAUGACCACAAGACGGGAGACUUGUCUGUUAGGAUGACAGAAGACGUAAAUCUGAUCUACAGAGCUAUAGAAACAAACUUACCCAUGGCCGCACAAUGGUUCUCCUGCGGUAUUAUCAGCUUAAUCAUCGUUUUCAUUUUCGGUUGGAAGCUUUCAUUUGUGAUGUUGAGCGCCUUCCCCGUUCUUAUUGGUGGAGCAGCUGUAGCCAAUAGGGUGUGUUAUGUGGCCAGCAGAGUGAGUCGUGUGGCCAAUAGGGUGAGUCAUGUGGCCAAAAGCAGAGUGAGUCGUGUGGCCAAUAGGCAGAGUGAGGCUGAUAGGUUGAGUAAUGUGGCUAACAGGCUGGGCCAUGUGGCCAAUAGCUUGGAUCAUGAGGCUAGCAGAAGUAUUGGUAAAACCAGCUUGAAGGAGAGAGAGGCUUACGCCAGGGCUGGGGUUGUGGCUGAACAAGCUUUCUCCAACAUAAGGACAGUCGUGGCUUUUGGUGGGGAGGAAAUGGAGGCAAAGAGAUAUCACGAAAACUUAAUACACGCCCACAAAUACGGAGUGCAAAAAGGGAUUAUAAACGGCAUAGGACAUGGAAUACUUUGGUGCGGAUUUUACUUAAGCUAUGCGCUGGGCUUCUACUACGGCGGUCAGCUGAUCAGAAGUGGCGAGUACACAGUGACUUCCACAGUUGUGGUGUUUUGCUCCACCGUCAUCAGUGGUCUGUAUUUAGGUUAUGCUAUUCCUGCAACAAACGGUAUCUACGUUGCAAUGGCUGCGGCAGUCAAGGUUUAUCAAGUUAUUGAUAAGAAAUCGUUGUGUGACAGCAGCUCUGCAGAAGGUGAAAUGCCGGCGCAAGUAAAUGGUGAAAUUCUGUUCCAAAAUAUUUGUUUCUCUUACCCAUCAAGACCUGGGUUACAGGUGUUGUGUGGUAUUGACCUUCAUGCCCUUAAAGGUCAAACUGUUGCCUUGGUUGGUGCUAGCGGCUCAGGGAAGUCUACAGUUAUACAACUCUUAUUGCGGUUUUACAAACCGAAUAUUGGUCAGAUAUUAAUUGACGGCCAUGACAUUGAGAGCUUAAACCUCCGAUGGUUACGUCAGCACAUUGGUCUAGUCAGCCAAGAACCGGUACUCUUUGCUACGACAAUCGCCGAAAAUAUCCGGUACGGUCUGAAGGAUGCAAGCAUGGAAGACAUCAUUCAAGCAAGCAAAAUGGCCAACGCCUAUGACUUUAUUAUGAAGCUACCUAAUCAAUUCGAGACGUAUGUAGGCGAACAUGGCGCCCAACUAAGUGGAGGACAGAAACAGAGAAUCGCCAUCGCCCGAGCUCUGGUCAAGGACCCAAAAAUUCUUUUGCUGGACGAGGCGACCUCAGCACUGGACACUGAGAGUGAGGCCAUCGUACAAGAUGCUCUAGAUAAGGUAUUUAAAGGCCGAACAACGAUUAUCGUCGCUCAUCGACUUUCGACCAUUCGUAACGCUGACAAGAUAGUGACGCUGUCCAAAGGUCGAGUGGUGGAGGUGGGCACCCACACGGAGCUGAUGGACAAACGGGGAGUUUACUACAACCUCGUUUCUUCACAGGUCAGAUCUUCGUUAUACGGAGGUAAGACUUAUUUUAUCUUUGCUGCUGAUCAGAUGCAACAAAUGAAACAGAAUGAUGAAUCAAUGAAGUGUGACCACCCAGAUAAUCAACCAGCUCAACUGAUCGACGACCAGCUGUCCGUUAAACUCACUCACAUUUCACCCGAUCAAAAAGGCAAAGAAAACAUUCAAGGAAGUAAACCCAUGUCAACUAGACACAUGUUCUCACGCUUGAUCAAACUUAACUCCCCUGAAUGGAUUUUCAUCCUCUUUGGAACACUGGCCAGUAUCAUCAGUGGGGCUGUGAUGCCACUUUGGUCAAACCUGUUAGCCCAGUUCUCUAAGAUCUUGUCUUAUCCCGACAAACAAGAGCAAGAGAAUUCUCUCAACACCUUAUGUCUUCUAGUUGUCGGGUUGGGGAUCAUGAACUUCAUGGGGAAAGUUUUACAAGACUCCAUGUUUGCUGUUUCUGGGGAGUCUUUAACGACUCGAUUAAGGGACAUUUUCUUUCGGUCAUCUCUUCGACAGCACGCCAUCCAAACCAUCUCGAACAUUCGGACUGUAGCAGCCCUGACAUUGGAGCAGAAAUUCUACCAGAUGUUCGCCACCAGACUGGAAAAGGCGCCACACACGUUUAGUGGUGACAUCAUUUGUAGUGGGAUCAUGUACGGGUUCUUCAUGAUGAUGCCAUACUUUUCCUUCUGUGUGAUGUUUGAGUGUGGGUACCUUCUAGUCCAGACAGGGGAGUUGCCAUUUUAUGAUAUGAUACGAGUUUUCUCGUUUGUGACGGUGUCUGUGUUCGCCCUGACAAGGAUCAUGGUACAGAUACCAGACACCACACUCGCCAGACUGGCGGCCCAGACCAUCUUCACCUCGGUGGACAGCGCUCCUAGCGUGGCGGACAGUCAAGGGGGAUCUGUGAAACUUGAUGAGGGUGCCUUCAAAAGCACACUUCAGUUUAAUGGAAUUCGCUUCCGGUAUCCCAUGCGAAAAGAAGUUCAGGUAUUAAAUGGCCUUGACCUAGAAGUUCGCCCCGGACAAACGCUGGCGUUGGUGGGUGGAAGCGGAUGUGGGAAAAGCACAAUAGUGCAACUAAUAGAGAGAUUUUAUGACGCCCAGGAGGGCAGCAUUCUUUUGGAUAAUCACAACAUCCUUGACCUUAACGUUCAAUGGCUGCGUAUGCAAAUCGGCCUGGUGUCACAAGAACCAGUCCUGUUCGACAGAAGUCUGGCUGAGAACAUCGCUUACGGGGACAACACGAGGGAGGUGGGCAUGGAGGAGAUCAUAGAGGCAGCUCGGACAGCUAACAUACACACGUUUAUACAGUCUCUGCCCUCGGGCUACGAAACAAAUGUGGGGAAUAAAGGAACACAACUAAGUGGAGGACAAAAACAAAGGGUAGCAAUCGCGAGAACUUUGCUGAGAAAUCCAAAGAUUCUUCUACUAGACGAGGCCACGUCAGCUUUGGAUACUGAGAGUGAGAAAGUGGUGCUGGAAGCGUUGGACAAGGCCAGAGAAGGUCGCACGUGCAUCACCAUAGCUCACAGGUUGAGUACCAUCAGAAACGCAGAUCGCAUCGCAGUGUUAAAGAAAGGCGUGAUCCAGGAGUUGGGCACACACGAGCAGUUGAUGGCGAGUCGUGGGGCGCUGUAUCGUAUGAUGAAAGCCCAGACCAACAGAUCAUGUAAUGACAAGGUUUAG